AUUCGCGUCAAUAUUUGACCUUCAUUUUAGUGACCCAGUUACAUCUCUUUCGUGUCCAUAUCUGCUUUAAAAAUCAGUCAAGUCGGGAAAAAAUCUAUUGAUCAUGCAAAAUGUUUCGUGAAUGUAUGGUCAUGGUCAGAUACUUGAUCAUGACAUAAUUUCAUUUCUUACAUUUAUGUACUUUACACAGAACUAUGUGCACAAUUUUAGCAUUUAUCUACUAUGGUCUUUGAUGUACUUAUAUUGUUAAGUAGUUGUCCAGAUAAGGAUACAUUUGGAUUACUGGAGGUGGUAUAAACUGGACAUUGACAUGUCAUGUUUAACAACCGCUUUAUUCAAUUGAAGGGCAAUAAAAUCUGACCAUUAUUAACAUCACACGGAUUAUUUAGUUAGUUCUUAAUUUAGCGUGUCUGUAUAUUUAGCAAAAUGGGGGACUCUCGUAAAUGCGAAAAGUUGCACCAAAUUCCUGUCUUGUACGUUAGGGGGGACAAUUUUACCGUGGGCUAUACAAUAGGUCGGCAAUUCAAAUCCUUGAUUGAGGACAAUCUUUCAAAAUCUGACUACUUGAAAAACUCUUUGCUUCCCGUUUAUAAAACUGAAGAAGGAAAAACGCUCUACAAAAAGAAUCUGGAAUUAUGCAAACGGAACUUUCCUGAAUAUGUUCAGGAAAUUCAAGGGAUGGCUCAAGGGUCAAAUGUACCUUUUCAUGAACUAUUUCUUCUCAAUGUCGAAGUUUUCUUUGUCUCUCGAACGGAAGUGUUUGAAAAUACGGAUCAGGAAGGGAAUGGUUGCUCCUCUAUUUUGUGUAACGGUGACCAGUUAAUGCUGGCACACAACGAAGAUAUUGGACCAGAACUUCUCAAUAACGUCUUUAUCGUAUCAGCCGAAAUACUUGACAAUAAUGGCGAAAAGGUAGAAAAAUUCACAACGUUAACUUAUGCAGGAUAUCUUCCGGGUUAUACGAUGGGCUAUAACGACCAGGGAUUUAUCUACUCCGUCAACACCCUUUGUCCGUUAGAUAUUCUGAAUGAAAAAUCUCCCAGAAAUUUCAUUUCUCGAGCUCUACUCCGAGCCAAGAAUUUGGAGGAAGUUGUAGAAAUCAUGAAAGACAAAGGAACUGGAAUAUCUGAUGGAUUCAGUCUAAAUGCUUGUUUUGUAAACCCCAAUGGGGACAGCGCACCACAAAUGUACAACAUAGAAGUCUGCCCAAACAAGAAAGGGGAUGAAUCAAAAGUUGAUGUUUUUGAAGUCAAGCCAGGCGAUACUUAUGUGCAUUGUAACAUGUAUUUGCGAAUGAAACCAGCAGAAUUGGAAAAGGCUGCUGUGAGAAGUGGGCAUCGACACAGGGCAAUCGAUAAGCACCCAGAACCCAAAACCGCUGACAUUGUGCGAAAUGUUCUCUCCGAUCGAAGCGAUCCUGAUUUCCCCGUAUUCCGAUGUGGUGAAAAAUUGCCUGAUAACGGGAUCACAGUCGUAGUUGGAGUAUUCGAUAUAACCAACCGCCUGUGGAACAUUUACAGCGACAGACCAAAUUCUUCCAGUCCUAUCGCAGUGUUGCCUUUGCAAUUUUGAGGUUAAAUUAGGUUGCAAUUAAAAAAAUUACUCAUAUAUCUUUGAUGAAGUAAAUGAAGAAUUAAGGAUCCUAUGUAACUUAUAACUUCAUACUGACGUACUCGAAGUACGUUUUGAAUAUGAUUGUAUCCAAUUUAUUUAUUCAAGUUGCCAUUAAAUCUGCUACAUACAUAA